UCGCGUGAAGUAGGAGAGCCGGAGAGAAAGCACAUAGAGGCUCCGUCUGGUGCGAGACGAGGAAGACGACUGCACCUCUCCCGUCCCCGACUUCUGUGCCUCUUCAACUCAGUGCACUGCGCAAUUCACUAGAAAUUAGUCAAGAGCAGAAAAAAACCCCAUUAAAUUGGUUGUGCUUACAUACCUGCAUUAUAGGUACAAAAAAAUAAACCAAAAUGUCCAGCAGCCCUGUGGCCAGGGUACUGGCGGUACUCCUCAUCGGAGGAGCUGUGAACUGCAUGCCAAAGGGCACGGGGAAAUCCAAGAGACAAGCACAGGAGAUCUAUCCCAGCGGAGGAGACUCGCCAGCGGUAUCAUCAGUGUCCCAAGAGGGCUGCAUUGAAAAUGGACAGUUUUAUGGAGUUAAUGAACAAUUUGAACGUUCCUACCGGGGGAGCAUGCUCAUCUGCACAUGUCAUGGGGUUGGUGGAAUCAAAUGUAAAACGAAGCCCGAAGCCGAGGAGACAUGCUACGACAAAGUGAAUGAGCGCUCCUACCGGGUGGGCGAGACGUACGAGAGACCCAAGGACGGGAUGAUCUGGGACUGCACAUGCAUUGGCUCCGGGCGCGGUAAAAUCAGCUGCACCAUUGCAAACCGUUGCCAUGAGGGUGGAAACUCCUACAAAAUCGGGGACACAUGGCAGAGACCGCACGACACCGGGAACUACAUGCUGGAGUGCGUCUGCCUCGGAAACGGAAAGGGGGAGUGGACGUGCAAGCCUGUGGCCGAGCGUUGCUAUGACAAUGCAGCGGGGGCCUCCUACCUGGUUGGGGAGACGUGGGAGAAGCCGUACCAGGGUUGGAUGAUUGUGGACUGCACCUGCUUGGGAGAGGGCAGCGGUCGCAUCACCUGCACCUCAAGAAAUCGCUGUAACGACCAGGAUACUCGUUCGUCCUACCGUAUCGGGGACACGUGGAGUAAGACCGACGCCCGUGGGAAUGUCCUGCAGUGCCUUUGCACGGGCAACGGCCGCGGAGAGUGGAAGUGUGAGCGGCACGCCUCGCUUCACACCACAGGACUGGGCACUGGUUCUCGCGUCAUCACCAACAUCCAGCCAGCGGUGUUCCAGCCGGCGGUGAUGCCGGAGACCGCCGCUGAGGACUCCUGCGUAACGGACUCAGGUGUGGCGUACGCGCUGGGCAUGCGCUGGAUCCGUAGCCAGGGCAACAAGCAGAUGCUGUGCACCUGCCUGGGCAAUGGAGUAAGCUGUGAGGAGUGGGAGGGCCGUUCUCAGGUCUAUGGUGGUAAUUCAAACGGCCAGCCAUGUGUGUUCCCCUUCGUGUUCAUGGGGAAAACUUACUACUCCUGCACGUCCGAGGGACGCAGCGAUGGCCAGCUCUGGUGCAGCACUGCCUCGGACUUCGAGACGGAGCACAAGUACUCCUUCUGCACAGAGAAGAACGUUCUGGUGUCCACCCGCGGGGGGAACUCCAACGGCGCUCUUUGUCACUUCCCCUUCCUCUACAACGGCCGCAACUACACCGACUGCUCCGCUGACGGUCGCCAAGACGGCAUGAAGUGGUGCGGUACUACUUACAACUUUGACGGGGAGCAGCGCUUUGGCUUCUGUCCGAUGGCAGCUCAUGAGGAGGUGUGCACUACCAGCGAGGGUGUGAUGUACCGCGUGGGUGACCAGUGGGACAAACGCCACGAUGUUCUGGGUCACAUGAUGCGCUGCACCUGUGUUGGAAAUGGCCGCGGGGAGUGGAGCUGCCUAGCCUACUCGCAACUCAAAGACCAGUGUAUUGUUGAUGGCCUGACUUACGACGUGAACCAGACCUUCACCAAGCACCACGAUGAGGGCUACCUGAUGAACUGCACCUGCUUCGGCCAGGGCCGUGGACGCUGGAAGUGUGAUGCUGUUGAUCAGUGCCAAGAGCCAGAGUCCAAGGUGUUCUACCAGAUCGGCGACUCUUGGGACAAAGUCAUCCAUGGAAUCCGCUACAAGUGCUAUUGCUACGGCAACGGUAUUGGAGAGCUGAGCUGUGAGCCCCAGCAGUCUUUCCCAGGUGGUAACCGUCCUGUGCAGGUGAUCAUCACCGAGUCCGGUAACCAGCCCAACUCCCACCCCAUCCAGUGGAGCCCCCCUCCCUCCACACAGAUCAACCAGUACAUCCUCAAGUGGAAAGUGAAAAACACCUCUGGCCCGUGGCGUGAGGUGACCAUCCCCGGCCACCUGAACUCAUACACCAUCUCUGGCCUGAAGCCUGGCAUCACCUACGAGGGUCAGCUCAUCAGCAUCCUGCGCUUCGGACACAGAGAGCUCACACGCUUCGACUUCACCACCACAUAUGGCUCACUGGCGACCUCUGAGGGGGAGACGACGCCUCCUCCUCCCAUGGUGGACACAUCGGAGUCGGUGACGGAGAUCACGUCCAGCAGCUUCGUCAUCUCCUGGGUGUCUGCCUCCGACACAGUCUCUGGCUUCAGGGUGGAGUACGAGCUCAGCGAGGAUGGAGCACAGCCUGUUGUCCUGGAUCUGCCUCGGACGGCUACCUCUGUCAACAUCAAUGAGCUGCUGCCUGGACGCAAGUACAACGUCAAUGUCUACGAGGUCAUGCCUGAGGGAGAACCCAACCUCAUUCUCACUACCUCCCAGACCACUGCUCCUGAUGCCCCCGCUGAUCAUGAGGUGGAGGAUGUGGAUGAGACCUCCAUCACCGUGAGCUGGGACAAGCCUCAGGCUCCCAUUACAGGUUACCGUGUGGUCUACACUCCAUCGAUUGAGGGCAGCAGCACAGAGUUGACCUUGCCAGACACAGCAACCUCUGUGACCUUGAGUGACCUUCGGCCUGGCCUGCAGUACAACAUCAGCAUCUACGCGGUGGAGGACACUCUGGAGAGUGAGCCUGUGUUUGUACAGGUCAACACAGCCGGAGACCCACUGCCAGAGGAAGUCCCCUCUCCGACCGACCUGCAGUUCUUCGAUGUGUCCGACUCCAAGGUCACCCUCACCUGGGCAGCGCCGGCCACCGAGGUGUCUGGCUACCGUGUCUCCGUGGCGCCGGUGGGCGUGGACGGGUUGACCGAGCGACAGCUGCAGCUGCCAAUCACACACAACGCCUACGUGGAGGUGACGCCCCUCAUGCCUGGCACGCUGUACCGCUUCUUCGUGUUCGCUCUGAAGGGAGGCGAGGAGAGCGAGCCGCUGGUGGGAGAGCAAGCCACCAAGCCGGACUCCCCCAGCGGAGUGCGUUUCUCCAACGUGACGGAGGACAGCGCCCUGAUCCUGUGGGGUCCCCCGCGGGCCCAGGUCACAGGCUACCGCCUCUUCCUGGUGGUGGAGGGCUCCAGCCCCAAGCAGCUGCGCAUCCCGGCACGCCUGACCCAGUACACGCUGCUCAACCUGCAGCCCGAGACGCGCUACACCGCCACGCUCCACUCUGAGAGGGACAACGUGCUGAGCGAGGGCACCUCUGCCAUCUUCACCACCACCCAGCCCAUGGGUAAUGCUCCGCGCUUCACCACCGAUGUUACAGACACCUCCAUCACCGUGUCCUGGAAUCCAGUGCCUAGGGUGGGCUACAAGCUGUCUGUGAGGCCCAGUCAGGGAGGUGAGGCGCCCAGGGAUGUAGUCUCUGAGUCGGGCACCGCUGCCAUCUCUGGCCUGACCCCUGGGGUGGAGUACUCCUACAGCAUUCAGCCAAUCAUCAACGGCCACGACCAGGGGAACCCAAUCGAGCGCCGCAUAGUCACACCUCUGUCCCCUCCCACUGACCUGAAACUCGAGUCCAAUCCCAACACAGGAGAGCUGACGGUCCAAUGGGGAGACACCAAUUCUCCAGACAUCACCGGCUACAGAGUGACAUGCACCCCGACCAAUGGGCAGGAAGGGAACUCUGUGGAGGAGUUUGUGAAGGCGGGCCAGACCUCGUGCACCCUGGAGAACCUCAGCCCUGGCGUGGAGUACAGCGUCAGCGUGGUCACCGUCAAGGACGACAUGGAGAGCUCGCCCGUCUCCACCAUCGUCACUCAGGAAAUCCCCAAGCUCACGGAUCUGGACUUUGUGGACGUCACCGACACCACCAUCGGCCUUAGCUGGAGCCCGCUCAACUUCACCACGGUGACAGGCUACCGUGUCACGGUGGUCGCCGCCGGCGACAGCGUGCCCAUCUUCGAGGACAUGGUGGAGCCCACCACCGGCUACUACACCGUCUACGGCUUGGAGCCCGGCAUCGAUUAUGACAUCACCGUCGUCACGGUCACAGAGAAGGGCGAGAGCGAGCCCACCACAAUCACCCAGCAGACUGCUGUUCCGGCUCCAACGGAUCUCGGCUUCAGUGAUGUCGGCCCGGAGAGCAUGCUGGUGUCGUGGACCGCCCCCAUCGUCCCCAACAAGGCGGACAUUAACCGCUUCAUCAUGCGUUACCACCCCAUCGACAGCGACGAUGACAUCACCGAACGCAGCGUCAGCGCCGCCUUCAACAAUCUGAUUCUGCGCGACCUGCUCCCCAACACGGAGUACCUGGUGAGUGUGGUGUGUGUUUACGAACAGCGGGAGAGCUCUCCAGUGGUCGGCACUCAGAGAACACUCCUGGACUCCCCGACGGGCCUGCGCUUCUCGGAGAUCUCCACCAGCUCGUUCACGGUGCACUGGCAGGCUCCGGGGGCGGCCAUCACGGGCUACCGGUUGCGCUACCAGAUGGCGCGCGGCGGACGGGCCAAGGACGAGCGCCUGCCGCCCUCCCGCAGCCACUUCACGCUGACCGGGCUCAGCCCAGAGACGGACUACAGCAUCAGCGUCUACGCCGUCAGCGGAGGCCAGGAGAGCCGGCCGCUCACCGGCCAGCAGGCAACAAUCUCGGACGCCCCCACUGACCUGGAGGUGACCACUUCCUCCCCUACUAGCAUCACGGUGCGCUGGGACGCCCCGUCCUCUGUGACCGUCAGAUACUACAGGAUCACCCAUGGGGAGACCGGAGGCGAGAGCCUGCCCAAGGAGUUCACCGUCCCUGGCACCCAGUCCACUGCCACCAUCACCAACCUGCGGCCUGGCACUGACUACACUGUCACCGUCUACGCCGUCACUGGCAGAGGGGACAGCCCCGCCUCCAGCACCCCCAUCUCCGUCAGACACAAGACAGACAUUGAGUCCCCCUCAGAGCUGGAAGUGACCGAUGUGAAGGACAGCACCAUCACGGUGCGCUGGACCCCGGCCGCGGGCCCCGUCACGGGGUACAGGGUCACAGGGGUCCCCCGUAAUGGACAGGGCCCCUCCUUCACUGAGACCGUCGCUCCAGACCAGACUGAGAUGACCUUCUCAGGCCUGAUGCCCACGAUGGAGUACGUGUUGAGUGUCUACGCUCUGGGACAAGAUGGGGAGAGUCCUCCACUCGUGGAGACCGUUGUCACCACCGUUGACCGGCCCAAGGACCUGACCUUCUCCGAGGUGGAGGGCACGUCCUUGCGCAUCAGCUGGGACAGCCCCGACGGCCAUGUGAGCUCCUACCGCGUCACCUACUCCAGCCCUGAGGAGGGCGAGAGAGUGCUGUUCCCGCCACCGCGCCCAAACGACGAGUCAGCCACCAUCCAUGGCCUGCGGCCCGGCACAGAGUACACGGUCAAGGUCAUCGCCCUGCACGACCUCACCCCCAGUCCAGCACUGGUGGGAACACAAGCCACAGCCAUCCCUGCCCCCACCAACCUGGAGUUCUCCCAGGUGGGCCCGUCCUCCUUCACCAUCACCUGGCGGUCCCCCAGCGCCCAGCUGACCGGCUACCGCGUGGUCAUCAACCCCACCAGCAAGAGCGGCCCCGCCAAAGAGAUCAACUUGGCUCCCGACUCUACUCAAGUCCAUGUGCCCGGCCUCAUGGUGGCUACUGCCUAUGAAGUCCAGGUGUAUGCUCUGAAGAACUCCCUCACCAGCCGUCCUCUGAAAGGAGAGAUUAACACUCUAGACAACAUCAGUCCUCCCCGACGCGUUCGCAUCGCCAAUGUGAAGGACUCGUCCAUCAGUCUCACGUGGCGCUCCAAGACCGACGCCAUCUCUGGCUUCCUGGUGGAGGCGAUCCCCAGCACAGAGGGCGAGAGCACCAUCCAGAGGUCCAUCCCCCCAGAUUCACGCGGAUAUACCAUCACAGGCCUGCAGCCGGGCACCACAUACAACAUCAACAUCUACACCCUGAGUGGGACUGGACGCAGUGAACCCUUCCGCCUGACCGCCACCACGACUAAGCCCGUGAUCAGCCCCCCCACCAACAUCCGCUUCACAUCGCUGAUGCCCAACGCCAUCUCCUUCAGCUGGGAGGCCCCACGCAGCCCCAUCACUGGCUACUACAUCACCUACGAGCAGGCUGGCGGAGUGCCCAGGGAACUGCUGCCCAGGGUGCCCUCCUCACGCUCCAGUGCCACCAUCACUGGUUUGAAUCCAGGCACCGAGUACAUCAUCAAAAUCGUGGCUCUUCAGAACGCCCAGAGGAGCACACAUCUCAUGGGCAAAGCCACAACCCAGCUGGAGUCUCCUCCCCUGCUGGUGCCUCAGCUGCCGCCGCUGCCCCCCCCACCGACCCGGCACCUCCGCCUGGACGUCCCCGAGGAGGACGAGGGCACCAACCACUUCAACAGCAACCACGUGCACCUGGUGGGACCCAACAACCGCGACUCACUCGGACCAGGGCAGCACAUCUACACCGAGUACCAGAGCCUGGGCCCCAACGAGCAGGGGCAGGUCCUGGGGCCCCAGCAGCGCGAGCCCCUGGUCUACAUCCCACGCCCGGGGCCCGACGGCGUCCGCGUGCCCGUGGUGCGGGUCAGCGAGGGGCCCCUGCCGGGCCUGGCCUUCGGUUUCCCCGACAACGAGACGGGCUGGAUGCCCCAGGAGGCGCAGACGCACACCACCAUCACUUGGCAACCAGCGACGGGGAACGCGGACGAGUACGUGGUCACCUGCAGCCCCCUAGUGGAGACCACCGAGAAGACCUUCCAGAUGCGUCUGCCCGGCUCCUCCAACAGCGCCACCCUGAUCGGCCUGACCCCCGGGGCAUCCUACAACGUGCUGGUGGAGGUGGUGGACGGGGUCGACAAACACACCGUGCUGGAGAAGGUCAUCACUGUCGGCAACACUGGGUCGGUCCCGGUGAGCAGGGACGCGUGCUACGACACGUUCACGGCCACGCACCACGAGGUGGGCGAGGAGUGGGAGCGCAUGUCGGAGACGGGCUUCAAGCUCUGGUGCAGGUGCCUGGGCCUGGGCAGCGGUCAUUUCCGAUGUGAUUCAUCCAAGUGGUGCCAUGACAACGGGAAUAACUACCGCAUCGGUGAGAAGUGGGACCGUCACGCAGAGAAUGGUCACAUGAUGAGCUGCACCUGCCUUGGCAACGGCAAAGGAGAGUUCAAGUGCGAGCCACAUGAGUCCACGUGUUAUGAUGAUGGAAAGAUGUACCAGGUGGGAAAUCAGUGGCAGAAGGAGUACCUGGGAGCCAUCUGCACCUGUACAUGCUACGGAGGACAGCAGGGCUGGAGGUGUGAGAACUGCCGUCGUCCUGGCGCUGACAUAGACGCCGACCUACUGCAACCCAUCCACACAGAUGCCUUUGACCGCUACAGAGAGAAUGCCCUACGCAAACUGAAUAUCCAGUGUCCUAUUGAAUGCCUGAGACCAGACCUGCUGGCAGAUGCCCAAAGCCCAACUGAAUAGUGUCCCUCUCCCUCUCUCUCUCUCUACUGCUAACUUUGUGGUGAGCCUAUAUGUGAAGGAAGUGUGCCCCCAUCCUCUAAAGAAAAGAACAGUACCCCAUCCCAGCUCCCUAAAGCCGCCUACAUGGUGUGCACGACCUCGGUUUCCAUCUCCUCACCAUCACAAGUCCUGACUUCAGAGAAACUGGAUAGUUGGGAAACAAAAUGGCUGAUGCCCUCUGCAGUACCCUUGUUUAAGUGUGACAGGCCUGUUUUGUACUUUAGAUAGUACAUUACCUAGGAUUAGUGAAGGCUUGGCUGGUAGGUCUAGGGAGCCGAGAUGGGAACUGGACUAAAAUCUUAAAGUCUUCCUUUCUGGUUCUAGUUUAUGGCUUAGACCAGAUCACCGCCAUCUUUAUCCUGCUGCACCUUAUUUUACACACCUGCCUUUUGUAGUAGGACGCCCUACUACAUCACAUCCUGUUGCAUCAUCAUUACUUCCUGUGUAAGAAGUAUUGUUAUUCACCUGCUGGGUUUCCCCCUCACACCCACACCCUCCAGCCCUAUCCCCAGCCCCUGAGGCGGCCAAUCGAGAACGAGAAUCCACAACUGACCUAUGCAGUGAAGUUUAAUUUAGUGCCUUACAGUAUUCCCUCUCUGAGGAUUGGUCAGCUGAAGGACAUUCAUUUUUCAGCCCCUUUAUAAGAUGACAGAAUGCAAGCGUAGAGAAGUGAAGAUGACUAUAAAAACAAAAUGAAACUGUCCCACCUUAGUGUAUUCCACAAAAAGAUUAGUCAUCUCCUCACCCCAUCCCUCAGUGCUGGCCCAAGCAGCCUCUAAGACCCCAUUAUUGGCCAGAUGUUAGAAUAUAGACUUUGACGUCAAGAAUAUAAAAAGAGUCUUCAAAAUCGAGCACUGACUUAACAUGCUAGUCUUGAUGCCUCAUUGGCAGCUGGUAUUCAUUUCUCUACAAUUUGAUUGGUCAUAUUUCUACAGUAGUCCUGUUUUUUUGUUUUGUUUGUUUGUUUAUUUUUUUACCCGGCAACAGCGGAAAGCACUGUGGUUUUAUUGAUGGAUGAACUUAGUAGAAACACUCAACUGAUAUUGACUUGGUUUUGUGUUAUUGUAUUUGUUGUUAAAAUUGAUUUCAUGUUUUUGUUUGUUUUUGGUUUUUACUUGUUUUUAUUUAUCCCAAUAUAUGUUUAGCAUUUUUUGUUGGAAUGCAAAUUUUGGGGUGUACACUUUUUUAUAUUGUAGGUGCCAAAGUCUAAACUACUGUGGACUUAAAAUCCUUUUUAAUAAAGUUUUACAAAAAAUA